AUAUGCAGACUAAGUACGACAUUGACAUGUCUCUACCUUGGGUUAAGAGAUAUGUGAAUAAAUCUUUUGGAAUAGUGUUUACUAACUUCCGUUAUAAGCUGAAGAAGCAUUUUGAGCAAUUCUCAACAAAAGAGGAAGCAUUAGAAAAUAAACACAAAGAUGUUAAAACUGAAGAAGAAUGGGCUUUUCUGUGCACUUAUUUUUCUAGUGAAGAUUUUCAGAUUGUUUCAGAGAAAAAUUCUAUUAAUAGGUCACGUUUGAAAUAUCACCAUAAAGCAGGGUCAAAGUCUUUUAUGUCGCAUCAAGAACAGAUUGCUGCACAAUCAGGGGAGAUGCUAGGUGCAAUUGAACGCUUUGAAAUGGAGUACAAAAGCAUUCAAAAAGGUUGGGACUUGGGAGCGAAAGAAUUAUGGGAUCAAAUGGUUAAGAUGCGAACUGAGACAACCCUUCCUGAUGGGACUCGAACUAUGAAUGAUGAUGAAAUAUGUGCAAAGGUUCUUGGAGUAAAAUCAGGCUACAUCAAGGGUUGUGGUUUUGGCCCUAGGCCUCCACCAUCUAGCACUUCUCGAUCGUCACUAGAUGAAAUGUCUGAGAAGAAUAAAGAGUUAGAAGAUAAACUUGAAGAGACCCAAGAUACUAUAAAGGCUCAACAAGAAAACAUUGAUGCACAAAACGUGCUGAUCCAAGAAUUGCAGGAGCAAGGCAAAAAGUUUGAGCAGUUCAUGGCAACCUUUAUGAACCAACAAGCAUCAAGUUAGUUAUGCGU